AAUGAACUUGUUCCGGACUUCACUCUCAAUCUGGCUCUGGCUGCUGGCAAGCUACUCAUUCAUUUUCCUUGUAUCUGCGAACGAUGGCAACGAUAUGUACCACAAUGAUCUCUAUGCUCGAGGAAACGGUUCAUCCUCCUCUCACACGAACAACUGGGCUGUUCUCGUCUGCUCGUCGCGAUAUUGGUUCAACUACCGACAUAUGGCGAACGCACUAGGAAUGUAUCGCACCGUCAAACGCCUGGGUAUCCCUGACUCCAACAUUAUUCUCAUGCUUGCAGACGACGCAGCAUGCAAUUCCCGCAACAAAUUUCCUGCAUCUGUUUAUGCCAACCCAGGGAGACAUCUUGACCUUUACGGCGAAAAUAUCGAGGUCGACUAUCGUGGUUACGAAGUCACGGUCGAAAACUUUUUGCGUGUCUUAACAGGCCGUCUAGACGAAUCUAUACCGCGCUCAAAACGUCUCCUAACGGACAGGAACUCCAACAUUUUCGUUUAUAUGACAGGUCACGGAGGCAAGGAGUUCCUCAAAUUUCAGGACAACGAAGAAAUAAGUGCGCACGACAUUGCCGAUGCGUUCGAACAAAUGUGGCAGGGUGGCAGGUACAACGAAAUCUUCUUCAUGAUUGACACUUGUCAAGCCAACACGAUGUAUUCCCAGUUUUACUCUCCCAAUAUCCUAGCCACGGGAGCGUCAUUAGAGGGAGAAAAUUCGUAUUCGCAUGAAAACGAUAAUGACGUCGGCGUAUCUGUUAUUGACAGUUAUACCCACUACGUCCUUCAGUACAUGGAAAGAGUAAACAAGACCUCCAAACUCACUAUGGGCGACCUGUUCACUUCCUUUUCCGUCCCAAAAAUUGGAUCUCACCCAGGAGUCCGAAGCGAUCUCUUCCAACGUCCUCUAGGCGGCGGCGACGCGAUGCUGAAGUACGGCACAGGGGAAGGCUGGCGCGAACUGGGUGAAUGGGUUGGAAGGGAGCAAGAACCCUUGAAGGUUCGACAGGCACAAACUGGCGAGCGCAGGGCAGCUUUGGUCACCGAUUUUUUUGGAGGAGUCGUGGAUGUUGACAUCGGAGAAGAUACUGAUCAAGUUGAGUCGAGUGCAUCGGAAGUGAAGCAACCAGCUAUAAAGGGCUCCCCGAAACCUCCUCAACGUACUCGUCAAACAUUACCUAGAAAUCCAGGCUUGCCCAAAGGACUGCCCAGUGUACGGGCAUGGGCCUCUUUUCUCUUAAUAGGGGUUAUUGUUUCUGCUGUGUAUGUCCAGAGAUAAAACCAGAGGUCUCGAACUCGUACGUUCCUUCGUGGUCUGUGCUUAACGACAGAAAAAAAGUCCAUGAAUACGAGCUCUCUACGUUCGAAAAACUUCGGGCGUCUCUACUACUGGUAACCAGGCCUAGGUCUCCUCAAGCCAAAGAAAUUUCUUCCUAUAUUUCGCAGGAAGCGCGAAUCAGAUUGCUAACGAGCCACCAGUCCGGUCCUGUUUGUGGACACUCAGAUUUGCGAUGAGUCUGCGGACAAAAGGAAGAUAGAUAGAUAGAUUAGACGGCUACUAAUGCAUCCCUAGAGCAAUCUCGACCCUCUAUGGCGACUGGUAGCCUUGUAGUACUAAUACAC